AUGACGCGGCGUGACAUGCGAUCCGAACCCGCCGUCAAAUACCCGCCACGUCUCCACCGUUAUCUCCUCUCCUCGCUUAAGAAUCGUGCUGUUACAUUGGUAUUACAUGCCGUUGUCCCGUUCUCUUCGUUCUCCACCAUCCCCCCAUCGCUUCGUCUCUCCCUCUCUACGGUGCACAUUCUCCCCAUCUCUCCGCUUCCCCCAGUGGCGCCGCUGGCGGCGUGCGCGGCGGCAUGGGGCGUGGCGUUCGUAGACCCGUCCGACCCCACGGACUGCGGGAUCGCCCUCAACAUCACGGUGUUGAACAGCGGGGGCAUAGCAGGACCGAUCCCGCCCAGCAUUGGCAGCCUCAUCGGACUCACCCACAUUGAUCUAGACAACAACGCAUUGACGGGGUCCAUCCCGCCCACCAUCAGCCACCUCACACGCCUGCUCCACCUCGACCUGAGUUACAACCAGCUCUCGGGCUCCAUACCCACCGCCAUUGACGGCCUUCUCUCAAUCACUGAGCUCAACUUUCGCUACAACAGGAUGACUGGCAGCAUUCCUGCGGUUAUUGGCAAUCUCACCACGCUCAAUGACCUCUACCUGUCGUCGAACCAACUGAAGGGGUCUCUGCCCGCCGAGAUAGGCAACCUGCACCAACUCUCCACGCUGGACGUCAUAUCAGGCAACCACCUGUCUGGUGUGGUACCACCUGUGCUCGGAGGCAUUCCCCUCGGUACCCUUUCGAUCUACGAGUCAAACCUCACGUGUCCCACAGGGGGAUCCUGUCAGCUAAAGCAGGACCCCAUGUCUGCCUUCUGCCUCGAGUGCCCGGACUUCUGCGCCUCCUGCACGCCCUCCCCUGGAAGCCCCCCUCCCCCAGCCCGCUCCCCUUUCCCUGCGCCCAUGUUCCCACCACCACGUGUCCCCCGCUCCCCGCCCGCACCACCAGCAGCUUUACCUCCCCUCGUCUUUCCACCCUCUCCCCCUCCACCUUCUCCCUCCUCCCCACCUCCCAGAAUCACUCUCUCUCCCCCUAUACCUACCACUUCUCCUCCUCCUGAGAUCUCUCUCCCACCACCUGCCCUCCCAUCCCAACCCUCGCCCUCGACCAAUCCCUUCUUGACUCCUCCUCCACUUCCUUCUCCACUCCCGUCCUCCCCAUCCGUGCCUCCAACCAGCAGCAGCAGCAGCAGCAGCAGCAGUGGUGGUGGGGUUUCAGUGGCAGUGGUGGCAGGGGUAGCGGCAGCAGCGGUGUGCGUGGUGCUGGUGCUGCUGGUGCUUGGGUUUUGCUGGUGGAGAAGCAAGAAGAAGAAGCAGCAUGUUCCAUCUGGCCCGUCACAGGCCUCGUCACAGCCAUUUCUGGACCCACACGCAACUGCAGGGCAAGGAGAAGGAGCAAUGGUAGCAGCCAAGCCAUCCCUGGAGGCGACAAACAGCAGCGGCAGCGACAGCAAGCAUAACAGCAGCGCUGCCCCAUACCAGCCGGUGACGCCCCUCGGGUCCACGGACGCCCCUCCCCUCUUCCACCAGUUCGCUCUGCGAGAGCUGGAGGCCGCCACACAGUGCUGGUCCCCUGACUGCAAGAUCGGCAGCGGGGCGUUUGGCGACGUGUACCGGGGGUUGUGCCCGGGGAAUGCGAGCGUGGUGUGGGCGGUGAAGCGCGCUCGGAUCAUCAGUGCUGACUUCAGGCGAGAGGUGGACCAGAUGGCGACGAAGCACCAUCCCAACCUGGUGCGGCUGCUGGGGUCCUGCAACGACGUGGAUGCUGCCUCGCAGCUGCCCCAGCAGAUCCUCGUGUACGAGUUCAUGGGGCAGGGCGACCUCGCUAAGAGAAUGCGCACAGACGUCUCAUAUCUGCUGCUGGUGCCUGCUAUGGCCUGCCUGCUACGCCACCGCUUUUCCCCUCUCACAACUUCCCCACUUCUCCGUUCGCCCUCGCCCCCCACCUCCCCUCGCCCCACCGUGAAUGCAUGUGUCACAGGCCAAGCCUCCGCUUCCUCCACCUCUCCUUCUCUUGCCGCCAUCAAUCCAUCCGGAUUCAAGUUAUGCCACGCCACCUGCCCUCCUCUCGCUCCCCACCGUGGAUUCCUAACAUCCCACCGUUUUCCCCUUUCUUCCCACUGCCUCCCCCCACUGUCCCCCUCUCUGUUCCCGCCCAUCCACCCUGUCCUGUUCCCCGGUUCCCGGCGAGGCAGCUUUGGAGUGGUGAUGCUGGAGGUGGUGCUGGGGCGGGGCCCAGUGGUGCUGCUGGGGACAGAGUGCAUUAAUAUCAAGGACUGGGCCGCCCCUCUCCUAGCUGCCGACAACCUCACACCACUGGUAGACCCCUCGUUACAAGCACAGCCACCAGACGCCCUUGCCAGCACGCUCAGUCAAGAGCAGCAGGAGCGGCUGACAAGGGCGCUGACAGAGCUGGGCCUGGCAUGCACGCAUGUGCCCACGGCCUCGCGCCCCUCCAUGGCCUCGCUCAUCUCCUCCCUCUCCUCCCUCAAGAGUGAGUAUUUUGGCACACGGGAGGGCGCGAGAGAUGGCAGUGGGGGGCUACAGGGGUAUGGGGGUGUAGGUGCUGUUGCUGGUGCUGGUGUUGGUGGUGGUGUUCAGGCGAGGGUUAUUCAUGAGGAGGACGAGGAGGAUGGUGCGUUGGAGCUAUCAGGCGGCAUUGGUGCAAGGGCUGGUGGAGUAGGAGCAGGAGCUGGAACGGGUGGAUUGGCAGGGGCAGCAGGAGAAGCACAUGCAAAGCAAAAGGGAGAUGGAGGAGGUAUGGGGGGCGAUGUGGGGUUGCAGGAGAGUGCAGAGGAGGUGGACAGAGCGUUCAUGGAGGGGCUGAAGGAGCAGGGGCGCACUCUGGAUGAAGAGCUGUCUAUUCUGAACCACAUGCUCGUCAUGUCUGCCGUGCAGCACAGCGGCAUGCACCUCUCCUCCUCCUCCGCCUUGCCAUCCUCCCAGGACCAUGCGCAGCGCAUCGUGGAGGUAUCUGAACUGAGCCCUGAUGCGGGAUUCGAAUGA